AUGACUUUUCAGCAGUUAACAUUACUAAGAUUGAAUUCUUUGCUUUUAUCAGCAAUCUGUGGUGGUGAGAUCCAUAAAAAUGAAGGCCAGAUCCAGUCUCCUAAUUAUCCUGAUGACUACAGACCCAUGAAAGAAUGUGUGUGGAAAAUAAUAGCUUCAGAGAACUACAAUGUUGGGUUAACCUUUCAGGCAUUUGAGAUUGAAAGACAUGACAGCUGUGCUUAUGACUACCUGGAAAUUCGAGAUGGCUCCAGUGAAAAUAGUCCUUUGAUUGGCCAUUUUUGUGGCUAUGAUAAACCAGAAGAUAUCAGGUCGACUUCUAAUACAUUGUGGAUGAAGUUUGUUUCAGAUGGAACUGUUAACAAAGCUGGGUUUGCUGCUAAUUUUUUUAAAGAGGAAGAUGAAUGUGCAAAACCUGACAAUGGAGGGUGUGAACAGCGAUGUGUUAAUACUUUGGGAAGUUACCAGUGUGCUUGUGAACCUGGCUAUGAGCUUGGACCUGAUAAAAGGAGUUGUGAAGCUGCUUGUGGAGGACUUCUGACAAAGCUCAAUGGCACCAUAACUACACCAGGCUGGCCCAAAGAAUACCCACCCAAUAAAAACUGCAUUUGGCAGGUGGUGGCUCCAACCCAGUACCGAAUUUCUAUGAAAUUUGAAUUUUUUGAACUAGAGGGCAAUGAAGUUUGUAAAUACGAUUUUGUGGAGAUCCGAAGUGGAUUGUCCUCAGACUCAAAAUUACAUGGCAAAUUUUGUGGGGCAGAAGUACCAGAAGUGAUCACUUCCCAAUUCAACAACAUGAGGAUUGAAUUCAAAUCUGACAACACCGUUUCUAAGAAGGGCUUCAAAGCUCAUUUUUUCUCAGACAAAGAUGAAUGCUCUAAGGAUAAUGGUGGAUGUCAACACGAAUGCAUCAACACUGUGGGAAGCUAUGUGUGUCAGUGCCGAAAUGGAUUUGUGCUUCAUGAGAACAAACAUGACUGUAAGGAAGCGGAGUGUGAGCAGAGGAUUCACAGUCCAAGUGGAAUCAUUACCAGUCCCAACUGGCCUGACAAGUAUCCAAGUAGGAAGGAAUGCACGUGGGAAAUCAGUGCUACUCCUGGACACCGAGUUAAACUAGCUUUCAGUGAGUUUGAGAUUGAACAGCAUCAGGAAUGUGCUUAUGAUCACUUGGAAGUGUUUGAUGGAGAAACAGAAAAAUCACCAAUUCUGGGUCGUCUGUGUGGCAAUAAGAUGCCAGAUCCCCUGGUAGCAACUGGAAAUAAGAUGUUCCUUCGCUUUGUUUCUGAUGCGUCAGUACAAAGAAAAGGCUUCCAAGCCCGGCAUUCUACAGAAUGUGGUGGUCGACUGAAAGCUGAAUCCAAUCCAAGAGACUUGUACUCUCAUGCUCAGUUUGGUGAUAAUAAUUACCCUGUCCAAGUCCGUUGUGAAUGGCUGCUGAUAUCGGAACGAGGAUCUUCAGUUGAAUUAAGUUUUCAGACUUUUGAGGUUGAAGAAGAAGCAGACUGUGGCUAUGACUACGUUCAGCUUUUUGAUGGUCAUGAUUCAACAGCUAGGAAUCUUGGUCGAUUCUGUGGCUCAGGGCCACCUGAAGAAAUCUAUUCAUCAGGGGAUGCUAUUUUAAUUUAUUUCCACACUGACGAUACAAUCAACAAGAAAGGAUUCCAUAUACGAUACAAAAGCAGAAAAUAUUCAGCUACCACUCAUACCAAAAAAUAAUGCCAAAACCUCUAUGUCCAAAAGAAAAGAAGCGAGCUUGAUGGGGAGAAGUAUUCUUUUUUUUUUUUUUCCUUCUAAAGUUAUUAGCACAACAAUUUUCUAUAAUGUGCUUGAAUCAACCAACUCCAAAAUCAGAAUUGUUUCUGUUCCCAACUUGAAAUAUUCAGGUAGCCCAGCGGAAUAGCCAUGAUGGUGAUUGAUGGGCUCCAUGAUUGACAAUAUCUGCAAAGUUGUUGGAAGGUCACUGCUGGGGUUUCCAGGAAGACUAGAAGAGCUUUUGUAAACGUCUUGACAUUUCUUAUGAAUGCUUGGCAACUGAAUUAUUUCCAUUCAGGAAAAGUGACUCUGCAGACUUUUUCUAAGAAUUGUUUGGUAUCAAAGAGAGGAGAAAGCAAGCAAACAAACAAAAUAAAUCACUGCAGCUCACAAACAACCCAAAACACUGUUCUUGUAUCUUAUUCUAAUUCUUUCGGCUUUGUAUCGAGGAUGCGUGCAAACCUGAAAACCAGAAACAUGAUAUAAUUUGACACAGAGAGGUCUAGUGAGAGUGGUCUGUGAGUGGCAAAAAUUUAAAAAUUCAUUUCUUCAGUGUUUUGGAACUAGAAUGUGUCAGCUUCAUUUUUUUUCAUUUUUAUUCCAAUUUACGAUAUUUGAAAUAUAACCAAUCUUUACACCAUUUUCACCUUUCCCAAAACUUUUAUGGUAUAACAUUAUUGCUAAUACUCUACAAGCAUGAUUACUGUCAGUUCCCCAAAGUGCUCGGUUUAUAGGUAAAGUCAUUUCUCUGUGGAGGUAUUUUCUUCUCAUCCACCUUAAAUCCAAGAAGCCAUGUGAUGUCUUUGGAACCCAACAGGAAAUAAUUAAGCCUUGGGAGCAGGAUUCUUCAUGCUGGCUUUUCUCAUAUAGCAGCUAGUAAAGAUGUCCUCACCACUGCUUGCCUCUUCCUUUGGAACAUUUUGUGGAAAAUUGCUGUUGACAUUGUUGUAUUUGGUUUAGCUAAACAGAAAUGACACUGAGUGGUAACCAAAUGGUAGCUUCUGGACCAAUUAUAAGAUUUCCCCCCCACCCUGGGAGUGAGUAAAGAAAUUUUUUGGCGGCAAAAAUGAUCUGUUGCUGAAAGAGAAUUUCUAUGGUGCUAUCCCAUGAACAUUUUUUUUUGUUUCAAAUUAUAGACCUUUGAGCCAACAACCUGCAGUUCAUGAAUGUCUCCCAAUGUCUGGCUGGCUUCAUUCAGAGACUAAAGACUUGUUAAAUGUAUCAGUAGGUUCUUGUGUUGGCAACACUGGUCCUGUGGAACAAGGACUUCUAAUGGCCUUAGAAAUCUUGCACAUGAUCAAAUAGAUCUUUCUGUAGAUACAUCUUUGAUUUGAUAAAUAAUUUUGACAAGUUGAACAUUUUAAUGUUAACACUAUGAUUUCCAAGCAAAACCAUUUCCAUGGCUAGAGCAUCUGAUGUAAAUAUGAAGGCCUGCUUUUGAUAUAGAAAUGUUAUUUUAGAUGGAAUUCUGUGCUUUGGGCCAUAUGUGAUCUUAUUGUAUAUGCCUAUGUGUGGAUGUAUGUAUGAGAGAAUGCUGCAAGGGGAUGAGAGGUGUGUGUUUGGACAGCUCUACCUUCCAUGUCAAGUUAUACUGGAAGCCCGUUUAGAGGUAGCACCUUUUCAUUGACGGUUUCAUGGAUAAACAAUGGGGACUUUUACUCCCUACAGACUCAGUUACAAGGAAGUGUGCUGUUUUACUUAGAAGAAAUGUUAUUUUGAUACUCUGUGAUGUAGGCUGCUACCCAAAGUAGCUUAGUUUCUGUUAUUUGUCCAGGAACAUUCACUGGCACUAAUAAAUUGGGUGUUUUUUUCUUUCUUU